AUGAUCCGCAAUAUGGCUCUCUCAUCUCCACAGACCUGUCACCGCCGGAACUGGAAUCCCUUCUCCUCACGGGCGGCGGCUAAAACCACCGCCGCGCCAUCAAUUUACGGCAUCUCCUUCCUCUCCUCCUCUAACCGCCUACGCCUGCCGAAACAAUUAGCCCCCAAACCCCUGAAAAACCCUAAAUCCAACUCGAGAAACGCAAGAAGCACAAUCACGGCCCUCUUCACCGGCAUCGUCGAGGAAAUGGGAACCGUCAAACGGCUGGACAACAACGACGAUAGCUUCACCAUGAAAAUCGGGGCAAAAACCGUUCUAGAAGACGUCCACCUCGGCGACAGCAUCUCUGUCAACGGCACCUGCUUGACCGUCACUGAAUUCGACACGGCUUCGUCCGAGUUUUCGGUCGGCCUCUCGCCGGAGACCCUGAGGAAAACCAACCUGGGAGAGCUGGGGAUCGGGAGCCCGGUCAACCUGGAGCGGGCCGUGAGCCCAACCACCCGAAUGGGCGGCCACUUUGUGCAGGGCCACGUGGACGGGACGGGUCAGAUCGUGGGCAUGACAGCCGAGGGCGAUUCCCUGUGGGUGAAGGUGAAGGUCGAAAGGAAGGAUCUUUUGAGGUACAUUGUGCCCAAGGGCUUUGUGGCCGUGGAUGGGACAAGCCUGACUGUGGUCAACGUGUUUGAUGACGAAUCGUGUUUUGAUCUUGUGCUCGUGGCCUACACGCAGCAGAAGAUUGUCAUCCCAUUGAAAAGAGUCGGGGACAAGGUGAAUUUGGAGGUUGAUAUUUUGGGCAAGUACGUGGAGAGGUUGAUUGCUGCUGGGCUUGUUGACUCCAUUGUUGGAAAAUCUUCUUCGUCUUGA